AUGAGUAUUGACGGCUAUUCAUAUUUACAGAAGUACUUGGUAUUUGCGGACAUCAAGCAGCUCAAUACAGAAGUUGAGCAGAAUGUGCACUAUGAGAAGUUGGUGAAGGCGUUUCCAACCGUGGACAAACUUAUUAUACGGGCCAUCCUCUUGGCUGCACGAGGUGACUUGGCACCAGCGUUCAAUGCGUUGUUGAGUCUCACGGGCGAAGACAUCCAAUUGGGGUUACCGAUGCGUCGGUAUGAGUUUCUACCGGACAAGACACUUAUGGAGCAAGCGUUGCGGGCCAAGCAAGAGGAUAUGUUGGAACAACUGUCUCAGUUGCAAGAGCCAUCAUCGAAGGCGAAAUCAGCAGGAUCCGAAACAAAAGAAAAGUCUGUUCCAACGGGCGAUGGAGUGAGCACUGAGGCGAUGACAGGGGAGGCACAGUCAGAGCCACAGAUGAUGGAGAACAAUGCGGAGGACCCCAAAGAUAUAACAGAUAAGGGCCUCAUUAGCGAUACUAAGUCCGAAGAAGCGAAUAUCAGUGUUGUAGAACCACAAGUGGAGAAUGGCAAGAGUGUCAAUCCCUUUGAGCUGUUGCAAGAUGAAUGA